UUGAUGUCGCCGUCACAGAGCUGUUCUGGGGGCUGUAGCUGCUAGAGUCCUUUUUCGUGCAGUCUGGCGUCUGCUUGGGCUCAGGCGGAGCGCUGUCCCGGAAGGCGGGGCUUGGGGCGCUGUGGUGCAUGACGCUGCGGCUCAGUUAGGCCGGGCCCUCUCCCGGGCGCCAUGGCCUAGCUCACCACCAGCCGCGGCAGCCCUGAACAGCUCCCCGCGUGUCUGUUCUUGGUGGUCGGCUCGGUCGGGGCGGCACCGGUGGCUUGCUUGUCCCCUGGCCGCAGUGAAGAACCGCGAAGCACUUUUUGACCCUCAGUGACUGCACUGCUCCCUUUAAAGUCCUUCCUAGAGCUCUCUACCACCCUCCGGGAACUGCUCGCUGACACUGCCAUCGUUCUGGACAUCGUGUUUGAACAACCUCAGUUCAGGGACCUCAACGCCUGUUUGCUUUAAGGUCCUUUAUUCUCCAGACCCCGUAAAUGUGCUACUCUCCACAUGUUAAUUUUCACUGGAACUUAACUUGGCACGCCCGUGACCCCCUUCUCCUGGGCCAGAGAAUUCGUGCUCAACCUGGACUAAAUGCAAGCGUCUCGUCUUGUAAAACUUCUCUGACUUACUCAAAGUUUCACCCACUUUCACCCACUGUGCCACCUCAAAAUCUAGUACAUAGCUGUUAUAUGAUUGUUGAUCCGCUUUUGUCUUUCCUAUACCAGAUUCCUUAAAGGCUGGAGGGUUCUUUUAUCCGCGCACUGCCAGUUCCUGGCAUGUAGUACAUAUUCAACAAAUGAUCGCUAAGUUAAUGAGUGCAUCACCCUCACCUCCCUUUCUAAAGUGGAAGAGGCAUCCUUGCUGUCUUAAGCCUUAACCAGUGUUCAAGAUCACAUCCCGUCAAUCAUUCAGUGUGUGUUUGUUGUCUGUGCCUUGUUCCCUUCAGCUAAAAUAUCCUAAAUUGUCCUUGUCUCUGUUUACUACCCUUGCUCUUUCCUUUUCAGCCAAGCUCCCCAAAAGCAUAGUCUACAAAUCCUGUCCGUUUGCUUGCUUCCCAUUGUUUCAUCCACUGCAAUCUAGCUCUCAGCUCCAUUAUUUCAAUGAAAUUGCUUUUACCAAAGUCAUCAAUUAAUCAAACAAGAAAUUGGGUGGGCUCUUCCUUUUCCUCAUACCACUUAUUUUCUGUUGUACUUGACUCAUUUGACUUCUUCUAGAGAAUCUCUUGCCUUUCUCUUAUCUUUCUGGCUACUUCCCGGUCUUCCUUUCAGGUUCUUCUGACUUUGUCCACUGUAUAAAUGUUGGUGUUCUUCAGCUGUCUGUCCUUGCCCCUCUUGACUCUUCAUAGUACACAGUCUUCUUGGGUGAACUCAUCUUGGGUGGCUUCAAUCCACAUCUCUGUUUCUGAGCUCCACACUCAUAUUUACUUAAUUUCCGGUUAGCAUCCCUUGGACAUUCUAAGACAAACUGGAUAGACAUAUCCAAAGACUUCGAUCUUCCCAGCUCAUUAGUGCCGUCUUUAUUCUCUAUUUUGGUGAGUACUCUUGUCCACCUACAUAGUCAUGUCAGGGAAACUUGGAAAUUGUCCCUAAGCAUUCUUUUGCUCUUAAUACACUGUCACCAUAUCCUUGUUUCUAUCCCUGUCUCCUAAAUCUGCUUCCUCCUUUUUAGUCCUCUUGCCACUGCCUUCAUUAAGGCCCUCAUCAUAUCUCUUAUCUGGAGUUCAGCACCGUCCUCUGCUCACCCUGUCUGCAUUCUAACCCUCCUCCAAAACCCCCAUCCUUCACACUUCUGCCAGGUUAAUCCUCACAAAACAUGUCUUUCAUCCUUUUACUUACUUGAUCAAAAAGUUCAGUUGCUCCCUAUUAUUAACAGAAUGCAGCCCACUUGCCUUUCCAAACUAAUCUUAGCUUCAAGCUUUCUACUACAGCCACACUUGGCACAUCCCUUCUACCUUUUUGCCUGUGCUAGUCCCAUUCCUCAUACCUGCAGUACUCAUCUUCCUGACCAGAAGUCCUGAAUCAUCCUCAACCCUUAAGGCCUCCCUUACAUUCUGCUUUUUCCCAGAACAUUCCAGUCUACAGUGAUAAUAGCCAAAUACACCUUGCAGUUUACAAAAUGCAUCUGCCUAAGAGAUCAACACUACCAGCCCCAUUUUAUGAAGGAGAGAAUUGAGGCACAGAAGGCUGACUGACUUGCCAGAGACUACGGAGCUGCUAAGAGACAGAGCCUGGGCCUCGCCUUUAGUCUUUUCUCUCUAGAUCUCCUGCUUUUACCUCAGUGACCACUCCCUCUCUGACCUCACAGCAUUAUGGUCUUUAUCACUCCUUCAGUCCUUAAUCACAGACUGUCUGUUACCAGCAGAAAGAGGGGCCUUGAGUGUGGGGGGCAAGGCCUUGGAAGAGAUCAUCCUCCACUGGACAUCAAAACUGGCCAGUAAGUGCACAAGUGAUGAGCUGAGUUGCCUGGAAACUACCCUUGAGAAGAUGGACUGUGAAUGGAGAGCUCAUCUCCUAUCCUGGGUGUAAGCAAGUGUACCUUACCAAGGAUGUAACUGAACGUUUUUUUCGGCAGUACUUUUCUACUGGACAGUCCACGAUGGCCAGGAACUGCUCCGAGUGCAAAGAGAAGAGGGCGGCACACAUCCUCUGUACCUACUGCAACCGCUGGCUAUGCAGCUCCUGCACGGAGGAGCACCGGCAUGGCCCUGCCCCUGGCGGGCCGCUCUUUACCCGGACUCAGAAGGGAUCUCCAGGAGUGAAUGGUGGUUCCGGUGACUUCGCCUUGUACUGUCCUCUACACACACAGGAAGUACUCAAGCUAUUCUGCGAGACCUGUGAUGUGCUCACAUGCCAUAGCUGUCUCAUGGUGGAGCACAAAGAACACAGGUGCAGACAUCUUGAAGAAGUUUUGCAAAACCAGAGGAUGCUUCUGGAAAGUGUGACUACACAGGUGGCACAUAAGAAAUCCAGCCUACAGACAUCUGCAAAGCAAAUUGAGGACAGGAUUUUUGAGGUGAAGCAUCAGCACAGGAAGGUGGAAAACCAGAUCAAAAUGGCCAAGAUGGUUCUGAUGAAUGAGCUGAACAAACAGGCCAACGGGCUCAUAGAGGAGUUGGAGGGGAUUACUAAUGAGAGGAAGCAGAAGCUGGAGCAGCAGUUACAGAGCAUCAUGGUUCUCAACCGUCAGUUUGAGCAUGUGCAGAAUUUCAUUAACUGGGCUGUCUGCAGCAAAACCAGCAUCCCUUUCCUUUUCAGCAAAGAGCUGAUUGUGUUUCAGAUGCAGCGAUUGCUGGAGACAAAUUGUAACACAGACCCUGGCUCCCCUUGGAGUAUCAGAUUCACUUGGGAGCCUAACUUCUGGACCAAGCAGCUGGCUUCCCUUGGCUGUAUAACUACUGAGGGUGGACAGCUGUCCCGGGCAGAUACUCCUGCUUAUGGAGGCUUACAGGGACCAUCAUCUUUUUAUCAAAGCCACCAGUCCCCAGUGGCUCAGCAAGAGACUCUUAGCCAUCCCUCACACAAGUUCCAGUCUCCAGCACUGUGUUCCUCAUCUGUGUGCUGCUCCCACUGCUCCCCAGUCUCGCCCUCCCUCAAAGGCCAGGUCCCCCCACCCAGCAUACACCCAGCCCACAGCUUUAGGCAGCCCUCUGAGAUGGUGCCCCAACAGCUGGGGUCACUGCAGUGCUCUACCCUGCUGCCCAGGGAGAAAGAACUGCCGUGCAAUCCUCAUCCACCAAAGCUGCUGCAGCCCUGGCUGGAAACCCAGCCCCCCGUGGAGCAGGAGAGCACAUCCCAGCGGCUGGGGCAGCAGCUGACUUCCCAGCCUGUGUGCAUCGUCCCCCCGCAGGAUGUUCAGCCAGGAGCCCAUGCCCAGCCCACCUUACAGUCACCCUCUAUCCAAGUCCAGUUCGGCCACCACCAGAAGCUGAAGCUCAGCCACUUUCAGCAGCAGCCGCAGCAGCAGCUGCCACUUCCACCACCUCUGCCGCCUCCACCCCAGCAGCAGCCCGCCCCACCUCUACCUCCAUCCCAGCAUCUGGCUUCUAGUCAGCACGAGAGCCCUCCUGGGCCCGCCUGUUCUCAGAACGUGGACAUAAUGCACCACAAGUUCGAGCUGGAGGAGAUGCAGAAGGACCUGGAGCUCCUCCUUCAGGCUCAACAGCCCAGCCUGCAGCUGAGUCAGACCAAAUCUCCUCAGCACCUUCAGCAAACCAUUGUGGGGCAGAUCAACUACAUUGUGAGGCAGCCGGCCCCCGUCCAGUCCCAGAGCCAGGAGGACACCGUGCAGGCUACAGAUGAGCCCCCAGCAUCUGAAGGCCCAAAGCCAGCCCUCCCUCUUGACAAGAAUACUGCUGCUAACUUGCCCCAGGCAUCUGGAGAAGAAACCCCUCACAGUGUCCCCUCACAGGACAACGCCAUCCAGCAUUCCUCUCCAAAUGUGGUGAGAAAGCACUCCACUUCUGUGAGCAUCAUGGGCUUUUCCAACACUGUGGAGAUGGAGCUGUCUUCUACCAGGCUGGCAAGAACCCUAGAGCCACAGAUUCAGAGCAUGAGCAGCCUGACAGCUGGCACCCCACAGGUGGUACCAAGCCUGCUGAGUGGCCCCCCACCAACUGUGUCCAGUCUGACAAGUCACAAUCAGGCAAUGUCCAGCUUCACAGCCAGUCACCUGCCGACCAUGCCCAGCCUUGUGCGUGGCACACCCCAAUCCAUGCCCAGCCUGAUAAGUGAUCCCUCCCAGGCCAUCACAAGCCUGGCAAGUGAUCACUCUCAGGCCAGGCCCAGCCUGGUGUCUGGUCCCACCCAGGCUGUGCCAGGCUGUCCUCUGCAGAGCUUGCCUCCGGCUUCUGACGUGCAGCCGGAAACUGGAUCCAGCUGCAGUCCUGGCUCUGGCCGAGCUGCAGCGAGCCUGUGCCCUGGGGAUGGGGCUGACCCCUCCCUGGGGAAUGCCCUGUGCAAGAUGGAAAAUGAGGAUUCUACCCGCUUCACUGACUCUCUGGGACAAGGCCCCACAGCUGCUGGUCUGGAUGCUUCUAAGGACUUAGCUAUCCCCUCAGAGCUGGAGGAGCCAAUUAACCUCUCUGUGAAGAAACCUGCACUGGUCCCUGUGGGCAACACUUCCGUGGCCCUGCAGCAGUACCGGAGCCCAAAAGAGUAUGAGACUUAUGAACAAGGAGCCCUAGGGCUGGAUACAAAAGGGAACCAGAGCAUCAGACCCUUCAAUAGUGAGCCCAAGAUUCCCUAUGUGCGACUGGAACGGCUCAAGAUCUGUGCUGCCUCCUCAGGAGAGAUGCCUGUGUUCAAGCUGAAGCCACAGAAGAAUGAUCAGGAUGGCAGCUUCCUGCUGAUCAUCGAAUGUGGUACUGAAUCCUCCAGCAUGUCCAUUAAGGUCAGCCAGAACAACCUGCCUGAUGCCAUCCAGGCCCCAAAUCUGGGGGGAAGAAAGGUCACUGUCACAUCUCUGGCUGAGCAGCGGCCCCCAGAUGCGGAGAAUUCACCUUCUGAAGAACACAGGCUCAUUCCUCGAACCCCUGGAGCUAAGAAGGGGCCCCCAGUACCAAUAGAGAAUGAGGAUUUCUGUGCUGUGUGCCUCAAUGGGGGAGAGUUGCUAUGCUGUGACCGCUGCCCCAAAGUGUACCACCUUUCCUGCCACCUGCCAGCCUUGCUUAGCUUCCCAGGGGGAGAUUGGGUGUGCACCUUGUGCCGCAGCCUGACCCAGCCUGAGAUGGAGUACGACUGCGAAAAUGCCCGUUAUAACCAGCCUGGGGUGCGGGCCCCUCCUGGCCUGAGCAUAUAUGAUCAGAAGAGGUGUGAGAAGCUGGUACUCUCCUUGUGCUGCAACAGCCUCAGCCUGCCCUUCCACGAACCUGUCAGCCCACUGGCCCGGCAUUAUUACCAGAUUAUCAAGAGGCCCAUGGACCUGUCCAUCAUCCGGAGGAAGCUGCAAAAGAAGGACCCAGCCCACUACACCACCCCGGAGGAGGUGGUGUCAGACGUCCGCCUCAUGUUCUGGAACUGUGCUAAGUUCAAUUAUCCCGACUCAGAGGUUGCAGAGGCAGGCCGCUGCCUGGAAGUGUUCUUUGAGGGCUGGUUGAAGGAGAUCUACCCGGAGAAACGGUUUGCUCAGCCAAGGCAGGAGGACUCAGACUCCGAGGAGGUGUCUAGUGAGAGUGGUUAUUCCACUCCCCAGGGCUUCCCAUGGCCCCACUAUGUGCAGGAGGGCAUCCAACCCAAGAGGCGGCGGCGACAUCUGGAGAAUGAAAGAGCAAAAAGAGUGUCAUUCCGCCUGGCCAACAGCAUCUCCCAGGUGUGAGAGCUGGAAGGAGGCCGAGCACUCUGGCAGCUGGUGCCCCAUCCUGUUGACCACUCCUCCCCACCUUUCAGCUCAUUCUCUUCAGAUUGUGGAUGUGAGACAAGUCCUGUUGAGCCUGUAGUACCCUUCUUUGCCAUGUGCAUCUUACAGCAUUUAUUUGGGAGCCAUAGUGCAUCCACUACAGAUUUCACUAAUAAACAGCAAAGAGGGGGGUGUUCCCUAUUAUCAGAACAAUCAGCUGUGUAGGGUCUACUUGACAAGACCAAGCCCAGUUAGGCUCAGGAGGACCAACUUCCUUCAUGAAUUCUUUCUGCUGAGGAAAGCAGACUUUUCUCACCUUUCAGUGUGGAGGGCUCAGGAGCAAUGUAUAUAUGAACUCCUCCUGGGCCCAGAAGAGGGUAGAAGAAGGGAGAGAGGUUCUGACAUACUGCAGGCCUGUGAUCCCUGGCCCAGCACAGCCAAAGACUGUCACUGUUUGCCUUUGUUUGACCUGCUCGGACAGCGGCGCCUGCCCUGGGCAGGGUAAUGAGGCUUCCAAAGGCCACGGGUCUCAAUUGGUGCCUAUUCGGGUUCUAACGGUUUUCAGGGUAUUUGUUUUUCAUGCCCCCUUUCCUGAUGCUGACUUAAGCAGCUGCUGGGAAGCUCUGGAUAGUGUGGCAUUUGUGACGAGGCUGGGUGGCUGUGCAGGGACCACUUACAUCUUCAGGCUCAGAUCUCACUUGCAGGCUUGAGAAGGUGUUAACUUCAGAGCCUGCACUCUGUGGCACUUACUUUGGGCUAAUAGCUCUUCUUCGGUGUCAGAACCUGUUUCUUAGAAGUGAUUGUUGGUGGUCACUCCUUCAUUAUAUCCAUUCAGAGGCCCACAUCCUGAGUUCUGCUUAGGAAAACUGUGAGGCAGCUGCUGUCUGCUUCACAUGCAGUUUCCAGGCCAAGGAGAAUGACCCACAACCUGCUCACUCUGCUUGGCCUCUCCUCUUGCCUAGGGAUCCUAGUUCUCAACUCCUCCACAUCACAGAGCCAAAGAUUGGAAGUGAGUCCUCUGACUCGCCUGCCCCCAGGCUGUCCACAGCCCAGAAAAAGCCAGGACUCUGCCGGCAGCCCUUUUUUGGUUGUAGGUUAGAGAAGGCCAGAGGGGCUGGCAGGAGCCAGACCUAAGCAUUCAUAUAAGUUCUGUCUUGGGUGGAAAAGGGGAAAACUGAGAGGUGAGAAUCCUCUUUGGUGUCCUUUGGUGACCCUGGAGCAACUUCAGGACUUUCUUUCUCCUAGGGUGGAGGGAGAAGUGUUCUGGAGGCCCCGGGAACAGGAGCGUGCUCCAGGCUGCAUCUUGGAUGCAUCUUUGUGGUCUGCGCAGGGUGUUUGGGAAGAAGAGGCAUAGGCAGCUGCUGAGGGUCAGGCCACCUCACCAGCAAGGGCUUAGUUGAGAAGGAACCUGUUACUGAUGUUGGCCUGGCCUGGCGACAGCUCUCCUUGGUCCUGUCAUGGCUUAGCUGAUUUCAAGGGAAUCUUAGGUCAUGGCUUUAUUUUUGCUAAGAGAUGCAGUUUAAGGAAGAUCUUUGUAGGGCCUUUGUUAAUGGGGAAAUUUUGAUCAGAGAAAAUGUUUUUCUCCUUGUGAGCUGAUGGUACUGCUCGUUUCUUCUGCACCAAGGCUGAGAGACAGACCAUCUUCACUUCAAAGCAGACUGUGCCCGCUGACUUGCCAUUCUUUCACCAGCACAUGCCAAGCUCUCCUAAGCAGCUGGGCUUCCAUAAUUUCUGUUUUCUAGUUUGUGGUAACUAAGUCUUGAAUACCGGGCAAUCUUUGGAUAUAACCCUCUACUCUUUGGGGCUCAUAUGACUUUCUGGUUUGGGCGCUGGUCACUUCCCUUUCAGUUUUUGAAUCUUUUUCUCUGUUUGGUUGGCUUGGCAAGCUUCCCUCUGUAAUUACCUCAUUAAUUCCUCCUCUUGGUCAUCUUUCCUUUGUGUGGCCCCCUCUUCCCAUCUUCCCUGAAUGAGCUUUAUGGUGCUUUGUGUUGGGCAGCCAGGUGAGGGCUGUGACAGGCUCAAACCUGAUUGACAUCUUUCCCCAAGAUCAGUUGGAAACCACAAAUAUAGAGCAGAAAUACCUGGUUAAAUGCUUGGCCUCCCUUCUAUCAGCGAAGUUCUCAGCUUGGGUGUAGCCUUCUGGGCCCAAGGGUCAGUCCGCUGGGCCAGGGAACCUCAGUAAUGUGGUAGAGAAUCACACAUUCCCUUCCCAUUGCAGAGACCCUGCAUGCUGAGUAGCUCCCUUUAGGCACCUGAGCAGGGAGGCAGGGGAGGUAGUGUGUCCUUUCCUCCAAGGGUGCAAGGCCCUGGCCCACCACACCAUUCCUUCAUUGGCGAUUCCACAGCACACAUUCUCCCUGGCUUUUCCUGGGUACUUAGCACCAAUGUUUUAAGUCAUGGUUUUGUUUUGUUUUUGCAUGCACAAAACAGCAUGACUUUUUGGAAAUUAAACAAAAGGCGACUAGCUGAGUAACUGACUUCAGUGACUCUUUGCUAGCAUUUGAGCUAAUCCUGCUUUUGACUUAUUCCCAUAAUGGCCCCAUUUUGGAGUCAGUUAAAUCCUUUGGCCAUUGACAAAGUCAUAAAGUGGAAACACAAGGAGCUCUGGAUUCUUGUGAUACAGAAUGUAGUCCUAGAAGAGAAAUUCGGUUUCUUGGGUAUGCUGCUGAGAAACGGAAGAAUGGAGUGGCUUCAGUUGAUGCAAAGGAGAUUUUAGUGCACUCUUCUAGAACAUGAGUAGGUUGGCUCUGCCUAACUUCCAGCAAUUGCCAGCUGUACAUCACCCUGCCUGCCUCUGCAGGUACCCCCUCCCUAGUGGUGGCCACCAGAUUCUCUAUCAGCUCUGCUCCACCGCAGGCCUUGCCAUCAACCCUGGUGGACUCUGGCUCCCUGUCCCCAUUUCUGGCAAUGGUCUUUGCCUUGCUGCUAAAACCCGACCCCUUCUUGUUUAUUCCUGGGCUCUGCUCCAUUUUCUCUCUCACUCCAUUGCUGUCACCUAUAGUCUCUUCUUCUGAACUCCCAAACUGAGACUCUGCUCUUUCUGGAUUAACAUCCCCUGUGCUGCUGUUUCUCACACUCCUCCACUGCCGUCUCUUUAAAUUGCCUGCUCCUUUAGCCCAGGUCCAAGACCUUAGCUCUCUGUGCUCUGAGUCUUUCACCUUCUCCCGGACUUCUUCCUCUCUUGAGCCUAAAUCCAUGGUCCAUGCAUGACACACUGAUGUUUUUGUCAGCAUCCUGGACUUUCUCAUCCUUUCCAACUUUAGCUGAAACUACCAACCAUUCUCCAUUUUCUGCAUCAGCCUUUUUGGAUUCCUCUUUCUGGGCUGCUAAGCAUGACCAGUGCAGAGUUGACAGCCUCAGCUGGGCUCUCAGUAUCAAUUGGUAUGUCUUUGACUUCUCAUUACUCUGCGUUCCAUCCAUGCCCUUCAUCUUGCUCUCAGCGAAUGACUGACCUCAUUGCCUGCUUCACAGAAGAGAGGCUCUAAAGCAAGAACUUCCCUGUCCACUUGCUCCUCUCCCCCUCCCACCCACCUGUGUCUGUAUCCCUCCUCAGCUCCCCCCCCC